AGUGUUAAGAAGCAGCUUGACCUGAAAACAAUUUUUUUUCUUUCAUUGUUACUUAAAUUUGGUGCAUUAGUUUCUUUAAAAACAAAGUGUUAGUGAAGUUAGAAUUACAAGGAUUUUACUGCUUUCAAAAUGAGUGCUGUUGACGAAAUCUUAAGUUAUAAAAAGAAUCCGGAUGAAGAUUUCUAUGCAAUGUUAAAUUGCGAUGAAAAUUCAUCGGUAUUGGCAAUGAAAUAUCAUCCCGAUAAGAAUAGCGGCGAUAAAGAAGCUGAACAAAAAUUUCAGCAGUUGAAAGAAGCGAAAGAAAUUUUGUGCGAUCCUGAGAAACGCCAAAAUUACAACAAAUGGAAGAAUUCUGGUCUACAAAUAAGUUACAAGAAUUGGGUUGGCAUGAAGGAACAUGUGCAACAAUCGAUGCAUUGGGCUAAUCCGAAGACAAAAGAUCGCAUGUUACCCGAAACUGGUGGUUCCAGCAAUUUACAAGCUCAGGCAAAUCCACAAAUGAGGCGAGCUUCGGAAGGUGGUGCAGCUUUAUACUUUGGUUCACGAAAGGAAUGGGGAGCUGAAAAUCCAAGCGAAGUUGUUAACAAGUUUCGAAACUACGAGAUUUAAGCGGCUCAACAUCAGACAUUCAUUUUAUUCCACUUUUUGUUUCAUUGUUUCAAAUGCCCAUUAUUGGAUUGCUUUCUGAAAGUUUUAAAAGAUCUGCUUUUGGCUUUUGUAUGAAUUUACUGAACCACCAUGUAAUUGAGCUGAUGAACAUGAUACUUACAUGAUAUUAUGAUUAAGUUACUUAAAUGGCCGUUUUAAUGUUUAAUGUGCAACCACAAAUUUCUCGUAUUAAAUAUUAAGAUAUCAUCAAACAUUUUAAAGCAGAAAUUUAUUCAUGAUGAAGAAAUAAUUAGCUGAGAAAACAUAAAUAUGUAUGUGUGUGUGACAAAAGAUAAAUUUAUAAUCGUUAAAUUUACUUGAACUAACUUAAAUCGUCAAUUUCCAUCGUCGGAGCGUCAAGAAAUAAUAAAAAAAGAACAAGAACAUAAAAGAGUAAUAAUUUUUCCAUAUGAUGAACGCACCACCAAGAUUAUAACAACAAUAUGAUGUUUACUUUAAUGUUGUAAGUAUGUAGCAUUGUCAUGGGCAUAAGAUUUCAUUUUCAUGUAUCAAUCUUUGCUGUAAGUAAGUGAAAUUGAUGUUGUCAUUAAAUAUAUUAAAGUUGACCAUCUUUAAAUGCCAAAACUCCGAGCUUCUACCGCCAAACAAACAUUUAUCCUACAUAUAUGUAUGCUUAAGUUGUUAUUGAAAAGCUUUUAAGCUGAGGAAGAGAAUUAAGUUUAUCUACUUAUUAUACGACAAUCCUAUUUAUAUUUAUGUUAAUCUAUCGAGACGCCAGCGUUACUAAACGGACUGAGAAUCUUGCUGAGAAAGAUGGAAUUUAAGAAACCAAUUGGUGAAAAUAAAUUAUAAGACUUUAUAACCUCUAGUACCUUAAACAUUCCUUAUACACACGAUCAAACAUAUUUACCAAAUACACAUCUCGUAUUUUUCUAAUCUUUUCGGUUUUUCGAUGAAUUUUUAAUCAAAAAUGAAAAUUUAUAACCUUGUUGGUUUUCAAAUAUGAAAAGUUAAAUUGUUUGUUCAAUGGAUGAAAAAUUAUAUUAUAAAAAUAUCCAUUUGUAGUAUUUAUUUGAUGUUCUGUAGCUGUUGAAAUUGAAUAUUAAUAAAGAGAAUUGGGAACA